UCUUGCGCCAACAAUUCUUUUGCGGGACAAUAUCGUCACACGUCUUUAAAUCUUUGUCGGAGCAACACGAAUUAUAAAUACAAAAAACCAUCAUGUUCGAGGCACGCCUAGGUCAAGCUACCAUUCUGAAGAAGAUUUUGGAUGCCAUCAAGGAUUUGCUCACUGAGGGUACCUUUGAUUGCAGCGAUUCCGGCAUUCAGCUGCAAGCCAUGGACAAUUCUCAUGUGUCUUUGGUCUCAUUGACACUGCGAUCCGAUGGCUUCGAUAAGUUCCGCUGUGAUCGCAACAUUUCCAUGGGCAUGAAUCUGGGCAGCAUGGCCAAGAUUCUUAAGUGCGCCAACAACGAGGACAAUGUCACGAUGAAGGCUCAAGAUAAUGCCGACACUGUGACCAUUAUGUUUGAAUCUGCCAACCAAGAAAAGGUAUCCGACUAUGAGAUGAAAUUGAUGAACCUUGAUCAAGAGCAUUUGGGUAUCCCGGAAACUGAAUAUUCAUGUGUGGUGCGUAUGCCUUCCAUGGAAUUUGCCCGCAUCUGCCGUGAUUUGGCUCAAUUCAGUGAAUCUGUGGUCAUUUGCUGUACCAAAGAGGGCGUCAAAUUCACAGCCAGCGGUGAUGUUGGCACGGCCAACAUUAAACUGGCGCAAACUGGCUCUGUUGACAAGGAAGAGGAAUCUGUCAGCAUUGAUAUGCAAGAGCCCGUAACUCUCACCUUUGCCUGUCGCUACCUGAAUGCCUUCACCAAGGCCACACCGCUGUCUACCCAAGUGCAGCUGUCCAUGUGUGCCGAUGUCCCACUUGUUGUAGAGUAUGCCAUCAAAGAUUUGGGCUACAUUCGUUACUACCUGGCGCCCAAAAUCGAGGACAAUGAGACAUAGGCAUAGAGUGUCUUACAUUUUUUUAUUUGUAUAACCCAUAUUUAUAUCAUCCGCAUCAUCAUCCCAUUUGCCACAAAUAUAAGCAUUAUACCUCUAUCUUUUAAGAUUCAACACUCCAACAAAUUUCUUUUCCAAUAAAAGCAAAACAAUCAAUGUA